CGUUGCUGGCAAUCACCCCCCGGUCCAAGUAAUUCAGCAUAUUAACCGCGCAGAAAAUUAGGACUAGCCUUUUGGGAGUGAACCAGGACGGAGCCGCCGGAGAGGAAUCCACGAUGCCGUCGCCGGCCAUUUUUAAAGGCAGUCGAUCAGCAGAGGCGGAGAGGGAGGGAUGCGGACGAUUGGGUAGACUCAAGUUCGCAGGGGGGGAGAAGACAGCGACGGUGCGGUUUCUCCGGUGGUCUAAUCGACGCUUUCUGAAGCUUUGAGUCGAAGGGAUGUUAGGUGAUGUAUUUGCUUGGCCGCUUGACCGCUUCAGCGGUCAGUCCUGGCCUCCUUGGCACGGCUUUCUUCCUGAGGAUGGAUAUCCUUGGGUAAUUUAC